AUGAGCUCAAGCAGUGAGGAAAGUUAUGUGCGUAGCGAUGCUGGUCCGAUAAGAGCUAAAAAGAAAUAUCGGCAACAAUUCCGUGAUGAAUGGCUCCAAAUACAAGACUACCGUAAGUGGUUAACACGUGAUAAAAAGUCGGCUUAUAAAUGCAUUUGCACUGUUUGCGAUUCUUCUUUGAUUUCUGAUCUGGGUGCAAUUAAAAGACACAGUGAAAGUGCUAAGCAUAAACUUCGUCUUCCUGGCCUAUCGCAUGUGCGUACCAUUGAUAAUAUUUUUAAAAGUCAACAACGUGGAAGUGAUGAUGAUCAGCGGAAAAUUACAGAAUUAAAAUUAUCGGCUUUUAUGGCAGAACAUAAAAUAUCGCACAUAGUGAUGGAUCAUCUCGUUGAUGUACUUCCAAAAGCUUUUCCAGAUUCUAAAAUCGCAAGUAAUAUCAAACUUAAACACACUAAAUUACAAGCAGUAAUAAAUAACGUUAUCGGAGCUUCUGAAGGAGAAUGUUUAGUCGAAGAUUUAAAAUGCGUAAAGUUCUCUAUAAUGGUAGAUGAAAGUACCGAUGUUGCCAGUGUGAAAACAAUGUGUGUUGUAGUCAAAUAUUAUGAUUCUAAUUUAGGACGUAUCAUCAGUCGAUUCUGGGACCUUAUUCAAAUAUUUGAUGAUAAAAAAGCUGGAAAGUCUGGUGAUUAUACAGCUACGGCUGAAAAAUUAUUUAAUUUAAUAAUAAAAUCAUUUCGAGACAAAAAUAUACCCUUAGAAAAUAUAAUAGGGUUUGGUUCCGAUGGAUGUAAUACGAUGAUGGGGUGCCAUAAUUCAGUGUCCUCACGAUUUAGACAACUAUGCCCAGGUAUUAUCGUGAUCAAAUGCCUUUGCCAUUCUUUACAUUUGUGCGCUUCCGACGCUUGCAAAGAAUUGCCUCACGAUGCAGAAAAACUGACUCGAUUGAUAUACAAUUACUUCAAAAAUAGUAGCAAACGUCAAGCAGAGUUAAAAGAAUUUCAAGCAUUUACAGACACUAACAUACACAAAUUGCUACGUCCAGCCCAGACGCGUUGGUUGUCUCUAUCCAGUGUUGUGAACAGAAUUAUGGAGCAAUGGGACGCCUUGCGAUUGUUCUUCGACGAUAAAUGGCUGGAAGACCAAGAUUGCCAAGCCAUUCACAUUCUUUUGAGUGAUCACAUCAUCAAGGCAUAUUUUUAUUUUGUUAUGUUAUAUGCUGUCAAAAUUUACCCGCGUCAAUGUAUAUUUUCAAAACGAAGAUCCGGUUAUUAUCGAAGCCCAUAA